UUUCACUGUACUAAACUAAAAUAAGUAUAUCUGGCAUUCACUUUACUUGUGUCUUCUGAAAAUUGUAAAUAAACAACCGGCUUUUAUUGGGAAAAUAUUUAUGAGAUAAAUAAUAUAGUUCUUUGAACUGUUUCAAUUCCAGUGCUUAAUGUUAUCAUUUUUUCAAGCAUUUUUCUGUAUUGCUUUUGGAGUUAUACUUUUAAUUUUUAAAGAAAACUUCUUUAAGUUUAGUUCUGUUGUAUUUUAUAAAAAUUUCACUGUUCUUGUGGUUGGAAUUUUAUCAGCUCGAGAAAACUCUUUGCAAAGAAGUGUAGCACGUUCAACAUGGCUGAGUGAUUAUCAGUUUAGAAAUUCUGAUUAUGUGAAAGCAUGGUUUAUCAUCGGAAACAGCUCUUGUAGCAUCCCACCAAAAUAUAGGCUGAGUCAAUAUGGUUGUGAAAAAUGGAAAAUAAACAUUACAGACUUAGAAAGAGAAGUUUAUACUUUGAAGGAAAUGGAAUUUGGAAAUUGUUCUUCUCAGAUGGUAACAGUUCAUCAAGGAUUUACUUUUAAAGUAAAUCAUCCUUUAAUUGUAACAAAAUUGGGUGUUCUUUUCCAAGCAAUUGUGCCAAAGAAAAAAUCAAAAAUUGCUAUUAUGGAUAUUCAUUCCAAAGAAAUCAUUGUGGAAGCUACCAUUUUUAACAAUUCAUCCGAAUCUCAUCAUGGUUACUUAUAUUCUCCUGUGGAAAAUAUCUUACUUCCAAAGAAUUAUGAAGGUUUAAUCAUAUUCGAAGGCUAUUUGCUACAUUCACUAUGUGCCUCUUUAAUGUGGGAUGAUGGUGGUGGAGUUAUUACCUUUAAAAGAAUUUAUUCAUCUCCUCACCAUCAAGAUUCUACUAAGUAUUCAGAAACUGUUUAUAGUGCUGUAAGCAUAGGCUUCAUUGUUAAUGAAAAAGAAAGCUUGAAAAAAAUCUAUAAUGAAGAAAUUACUGAAACAGAAAAAUGGCAAUUACAUUUAAAGAAAGAAGAAGAAAAAAUUAAUUCAGAAAGAAAUCAGUAUGGAGAUCUUCUUAUUGUAGAUGACAUUGAUAUUUAUCGAAAUUUACCAAACAAAGUACUGCAAUUUUUUAAAUGGUUACAUACAAAUCAGGAUUUUUCAUAUGUAAUGAAAACUGAUGAUGACACUGUCGUAAAUCUAGAAGCUUUAAUGAAAGAAUUACAACAAACUUCAAAAUUCGACUCGAAACAGCUAUGGUUAUGGAGUAGAUUUAGGAAAAAUUGGCCCGUAAAUUAUGUGGGUAAAUGGGCUGAUGAUGACUAUAGAUCUGAUUACUAUCCUGCAUUUCCAUGUGGUGCAGCAUAUAUCACAUCUCACCAAACUGCUAGCUGGUUGAGUCAAAAUUCAGAUUCAUUGUUUCCAUAUCAGGGGGAAGAUGUCUCUAUUGGAAUAUGGUUAUCAGCUAUUAAUCCCACAUACAUAGAGGAUGAACAUUUUGAAUGUGAUUCAAGUUGCAAUAGCAACAGCUACAAUCGAGCACAGUUGGAACCAGAAGAAAUCCAAAGAGCCUGGUCUGUUUUUAAAAUGUGCAAAAAUGUAUGCUCUUGCACGAGCAGAUGAUUUUAAUUCUAUUAAGUGUGUUUUCAUAUUAUGUAAAUGUAUUUUAACUCAUCCUUACAAAUGAAUUUGAUAUAAAACAUAUGAAAUAAAGAGGAGCUCUUUAGUU